CAUGCCGGGAGCGGUGGUGCUAUGGCCCCGGUGCAUGCCGGGAGCUGUGGUCCCCGUGCCCCACAGCUGGAUCCGGUCUCAGGUUCCCCGGCCCGGGGGAUGACGGGCCCCCCCGGCUGCAGCAGGAGCCCCAGGGCAGCCGGGCUCGGGGCCGCGCCGUGAGGCCGCCCCCCCCCCCACCAGGCUGGGGGGCGCGAUGUCCGGGGGGCCGGAGCCGGGCGUGUACCACGAGCGCCAGCGCCUGGAGCUCUGCGCCGUCCACGCCCUGAACAACGUCCUGCAGGAGCGACGCUUCACCCCGGAGGCGGCCGACGAGAUCUGCAAGAGGCUGGCGCCGGACGCCCGGCUGAAUCCCCAUCGCAGCGUCCUGGGCACGGGCAACUACGACGUCAAUGUGAUCAUGGCAGCCCUGCAGAGCCUGGACUUCGCGGCCAUCUGGUGGGACAAGCGCCGGCCCCUGGAGCAGCUGGCGCUGAGCCGGGUGCACGGCUUCAUCGUGAACGUGCCCUCCAACGUGUCCCUGGGCUUCGUGUCGCUGCCUGUGCGGCGUAAGCACUGGAUCGCCGUGCGCCAGGUUGGAGGCAUCUACUACAACCUGGACUCCAAGCUGAAGGCCCCGGCCUGCGUCGGCGGAGAGGGGGAGCUCAGGGCUUUCCUGCAGGAUUUCCUGUCCCAGGGUCCCUGCGAAGUGCUGCUGGUCGUGUCCCGGGCCGUGGAGGAAUCCGGCGGCUGGUUGAACCCAGAGUGAUGCCGCAGAUACCAAAGAUCCUGACUGUUCGUAGCAGCCUCGCCGGGGGGGCAGGACCCCCACGCUGAAUCUGGCUUAGUCACAGCCCCCCCCUGGUGCUGGCAUCAGAUACCCCAUCCCGUCUGCCCUGAGGAGUGCAUGGCUCCGGGCAUGCUGCUCUCACUCCACUGGGGGGGCCCUUCACCCCACGGCCCCUGGAGCCAGAGGCGGCACCGGGGGGCCACAGGGGAACCUGGCUUAGGGUGCCCGGCCCCAUCUCCCUGCUGGGCAUCUGGCUCAGCUGCAAGCGCUUGCGAAGUUUAUGAUAAAGGACACUACGCUAA